AUGGAUACUUUCAACAUCUUCUUAAUGAAUAAUACUCCUUACCAACUCCUUUUGAACAACCUUAAGCAGACUGAACCAGUUGAUUCAUUACCAUACCCUCCACCUUAUACUGACGAAAUGGACACAAAAGAGAAAUUCUAUUCUAUUACAAGAGCAAU